AGCAGCAGAGCCAGAAGCACAGAGCGAGCCCCAGGGGCCACAGCCGAGCCCGGGAGGGGAGCCAGUCCCGGGCAGACAUAGAGGUGUGGGAGCGCCAAGAGAUUCACCGCACCCAAACACCUGGGAGCUGCAAAAUCCCGCCCGAGGAUGUGGGGGCACAACCUCAGCCCUGCACCCAGCAGAAGCCAAGCGCCUGCUCUUUGCCCCACCCAAGUACAGGGCCCAAGAACCACCUCCUCCCUCCUCCCAAAAGUCGAGGCACAUUGCAGACUGAAAAAGGAAGCUGCUAAACUCCUAAAGCUGUUUUCAUCAGCUUUUGCUUCACCCAUCAGGCCAGGCUCAGCCACGUCCCCACUUCUGCACAGCCUCACGUGUUGCCGGGACCCCCCACAGCCAAAGCCCAAGCAAAAACCACAUGAGGAGCAGAGAAGCCUCCAGAACUAAUUUCAACAACUUUUCAAGCUUGGGAGAUCAUCAAGUGUCCGGCAGCAACGCUGACCAGUAAUCGCUUCUGCGGACGGUGACUAAAACCAAAGAGAAGACAACAAAUACGCAAAUAACAGCUGCCCCAUUGGUAAUCUUUGCUGCAGAGAUGCUUUUGGAGAGCUUAGUGGGAAAAUGCAAUGACUGACACGUUGCUUAGGCUGAAUCCCCCUUUGGCUUCUUUAGAAAUAUCCCUGGUACCAGCAACCAGCUCCAGAGGCUAAGACACCAGGCAGGAGGAAGGGAGAGCAGUGAAGGUGCCACGCUGCCGGAGCAGCCCUUUGCACUCCAGCCAGCCCAAGGCCAUUUCACCCUGCAUCGUGUCCCUCGGUGCCGAGAGGUGGUCCAGCACGGCCCCCCACUGCAGUACACACCAGCUCCCACACCUGGGAUGAGAUGGCUGCCCUCAUCGCUGAAAACUUCCGCUUCCUUUCAUUGUUCUUCAAGAGCAAAGAUGUGAUGAUCUUCAAUGGUUUGGUAGCUCUAGGCACAGUGGGCAGUGAGGAGCUCUUCUCAGUCUUCGCCUUCAACUGCCCCUGCUCCCCUGCCCGCAACUACAUCUACGGGCUAGCUGCUAUUGGUGUCCCAGCCCUGGCCCUCUUCCUUAUUGGUGUCAUCUUGAACAACCACACCUGGAACCUGGUGGCUGAGUGCCACAAGCGCGGCACCAAGAACUUCUCUGCUGCUGCCACAUUCCUCCUUUUUGGCUCCAUCAUGGGCCGGGCAGCUGUGGCACCCGUGACCUGGUCAGUCAUCUCGCUGCUGCGUGGGGAGGCUUACAUCUGCGCGCUCAGCGAGUUUGUCAGGCCGUCCUCCCUGGACAAGUUUCCAGCUGACCAUGGGGCUGAAGUGCUGGCCAGGUUCCCCUGUAAAGACGUACCUGCAAACCUCACCAAGUACAGGGACGACGUAGCGCGGAGGCUGAGAUACGAGUCCCAGCUCUUCGGCUGGCUGCUCAUUGGCAUCGUUGCAGUCCUGGUUUUCCUCACCAAGUGCCUGAAGCACUGCUGCUCACCGUUGAGCUACCGGCAGGAGGCUUACUGGGCCCAGUAUCGCUCCAAUGAGGACAAGCUCUUCCGACGCACAGCCGAGGUCCACUCCAGGAUCCUGGCAGCCAAGAACGUGAAGCAAUUCUUUGGAUUUGUGGCUCUGGACAAGGAGGAGAAGGAACUGGUGCAGGAGUUCCCAGUGGAGGACGUCCAGCCAAGCCCCCAGUGGAACGCCAUCACUGGUGUCUACAUCUACCGGGAGAACAAGGGUUUCCCCCUCUACAGCCGGCUCCACAAAUGGGCAAAAGGGGUAGAAGGGAAUGGGCCAACCCCAGAAGGCCACGAAAUGCUCUUUUUGGCUUCCUAAGACAGAUGGGCGCUGGCAGCAAUUCCCCAGACUGCCUGGCAGGCCUACAGUUAAUGGUGUGUGGCUGAGGGAUUUGCUGAGAAUGUUGCUCCAGGAUUAAUUCUCUCAGCAGGUAAAUACAAUCAACAGCCUUAAUGUAGAGACUGAUAAGCAAUACACUGACCUGGGGAACCCCUCCCUCAGAGACAACUAACUUCUCAGGGCUCCCAGAGACACAAGGGGAGCAAAGAGUAGAUGCACACCUUCCCUCUGGGCUGCCAGUGCACUCUGCUGUCUAAUGCACCACCAGAAGCCUUGGGGGAGCAAGAGGUGGGCAUGACACUUCUAACUGUGACUCCUGCAGCCCCACUUGUCUCUCCCAUGGCAGGGUCAGCCCCAGCCACCCCACACACCUACCUGGUUUACUGACAUUGGUAUCUUCUCACACAGUUGUGCAGUGCCUGUUAGGCAGGCAGGUCCCAGAGCCCUUUACAACUUUACAGCACAAGGAAAAGAGGGAAGCAGUGAGUAAAUUCCUGUGGCAAGUGGGAUGCAAUAGCACCUGGGAAGGAACAGGUCAGUAAUACAGCAGUACAGCAAAUAACUGAGAGACUAAGGCAGGAGGAAUCGCCAAUAUCCCUGGUAUUCCAAAAGACACUCUGUAAUUACCAAGUUGGAAUUUGGGUAGUACACCAAACGCCCUUUGUUCUUACCAAAGUGCCUGGCAAACUCUAAUGAGUCCAGAUGGUCGCAACCGUGAGUUUAUAAACCCAGAACUUGGCACCAUCAGCAUAAUAGCUUUUGUGUGAGGUGGCUCAGUGGACGCUGAGAGGACGCAGUACCUCAGUGAGCCACACCACUGUAUUGCAGCUCAUUCCAUUUCUCACCCAACGAUUGGAUAAGUUGCAGCAAGACCUCAACCAGAAUUAGUUUACAUGUAUAUAUUUAUGCAAGUAUAUAUAGUGUAUAUACUAUGUAAUUAUAGUUAGCUGUAUUCAUGGAACAUCUUUAUUUGAGGGAAAGGGGACAAGAAAGUUUCCAGCCAAAAGACCACAUGACAAUCACCCAGCUGCUGCACUGGAGACUGCAGCCCUAGAGUGAUGAGAGACAGUAGGAACGGGGUCAGGGGAAGAGCCCUCUCCCUACCCUUAACACCCAAUUUUGUUAAACUCUUUCCACUGCCCCUUAAAUGGUCCCUGCAGCAGAACGUUUAUUUUAUGGACAUACUCUGAGAAAGCAAAGUGACAAAGGUGUAAAAUUACUGUCCUCACCAUGACACAGUGCUGACUACAGCUCCAAGGCUGCUCUUCUGGCACCGCAUGGUCCCUUUUCUCCUGAGGGUCAGCCCCAGGUACCCAAAACUGUUUCAAGAGUUGGCAGGUCAAUAAAGUUUAUUUUUCCUACCUGUACUGUUUCCUUUUACAACUUCUUCUUACACUGUGCCAUUCACCAAAAAGCCUUAAGUUGUUCAAGAAAUUACUCAAACACACAGAACUCAGAGAGGCUUACGCACAAAGACAUUGGAAAUAAAUUAUUAAAAUGAGAGUUAUUUCUCAUUGCCUUCUUAGUUUUUUUUCAGUGGGGCACAAAAGGCAUAGUUAAACAUUCCCUUUCAACUCAAGGACUGGGAACUUAUUUUUUAUUUCUACUAAACAUUCAGAUCCUGACCCAUCCAGAUGACCUCAUAAUGAGAAGUUUUAAAGUAUUAUCACAUAUUACAAGUUAGUAACACUGCUUUUUAGUUCUUCUUGCAGUACUAACUCAAAUCUUGUACAUCGGUAUAUACAACUACAGCAAAGGACAGAAAACUUACUUAUAAACCUUUUAACAAAUAUAUCCUCUUCUAAGAAAGAACCAGAGGGCAUUCCCUCAUAUAAAGAGGCUGGAACACUGCUUAAUAGGAGUGGCAUCCCAGGAUCCCUGUUCAGCUCCUCUACAGAUUUGGUUUGCAUUUGUGGGAAGGCUUGGCUUGCAGCCUCACCAUCAACUAAUCUGCAGGAGCAAUCAGAUGCAGGUUAAAUGAAAUUAUAAUAACUUGAGAUGAAAGAGAGUUCAUUUGCAUUUCUUCUCACUGGCCCUCGAGUGUGAACAUCCAGACAUGCACGCCACCCCCACAUGCAGGUCAGCAGAUGCAAGGUAACUUGCAGAAACAAAGCAGCAUUCCUCUUAAUUCCUUUACUUCCCUUGCCUUCUUCCUUGAUAGUCCUAAUUGUUCCUUUGAACCACCUCCACUCCAUCUCCUUCUCCUCCCUCUCCCCUCCUUUGAAGGAAAGGGGCAAGACGCGUAAUGCUUGAGAAUGGAUUUGCUUAUACUAAUAAACAAUGAGCACAAACCAGCUUUUCCUCUGUUUACCCGCCUUCUCUUCUCCAUUAACUCCAGCCACUUCCCAGGUGCUGGGGUGGGCUAGGAGCUUGUCCAGCUUGUCCAUUUUCCCCUCCCUCUUGUUGGAGAGGCAGCUGACAGUGGCAGCUUGAAUGGACAGCUGACAGUGAGGAGUGGAGCAAGCCACUACACUCAGAAAUACUUGUUUGCAAUUGCAGGGAUUUCUUUUUCCUUCUCUCCUCUGCCACCUCAAGCACUGCUCCGACAGUGACAGCCCCACGCUCCUGGCCCUCAUAGCCCACCAGCACCCUCACGAAUAUCCCUGCUGUCCCCACCACACGUCCUCCCUCAGUGAGAAUGCUGAGGUGACGGAUGUUAACCCAUGUGGCUUUACACACCAACACAAGCAACCAGGCUAGGCUUCUCACCAAAACGCCAAGAGGGAAAUGGAGCUGCCUGUCUUCCUGGCAUGCUGAAUCACACAAGCUGCAAGCUCACACUCUUUCUGCUUUUCCUCCAAACUUGGAAAACAACCCGGUUAUGGAGCAGCCUACCAGUUAGCAGUUAGGGCACACUUCCCAGCCACAAGAUGGGUUCAAACCAGGCUCCUCCAGUACAGAGAAUUACACACAGGUCUUUCAUUUUCCCUGUUGACUAUCUGUAGAGACUAUAAUAGCCCCAGUAGUCAAGAAGAAACAAUACCUCAAAGCGAUCUUGGUUUCUAUUGCAAUGCUUAUUUACAUAUUCUAUUAUGUAACUAAUUAAUCCAAAAGAAAAAGCCACCAUCGUUGCAGCUGCGUUCUUUAAAAAAAGCAGCAGCUGCUACUGGAUGUUUCAAGCACCCUCCUCCUCUAGAAGAGCAUUAAGCAAAAUCUGAGUACAGUAUCCUGCUCUCCCUGGGAGCAAGAAGUGAAAUGACUUGUUUCUGGAUCCCAAUGGACUUAGGAAUGAAUUAAACUCUGAAUCAUUCAGCCUUGCCAACACCGGGCUUUCAUAGAGACAGAAGAGCUCCAUCCUGGAGAGCUCCGGAUUUGAGUUCAGAGCACCUACAAUGAGCAAAACUCAUUUGGUAUUUCAAAGCCGGGCACCACUCUCUAGUGUCUACACUGGAUAAUCUCACCUGUUUCACACCCUGUUUUUCUCUUUGCCUUCAAUUCUUCAACUGUAAAACACUUGAUCACACCCACAUCUUACUGGACUUAUAGGGAUAUGGAUCGUAAGGCACCAAUACCAGUGACAGAGCCUAUGUAAGUACCCAAGAUACUUGGCUUUUUCCAAGCGGAAGGUUAGAUAGGGAUGAUUUUUUCCCAGCACAGAAAAAAACACACAGUUUCCUUUGAUAACACUGAUUUCUAUUACGAGACAACAACAACUUCACUAUUUUUUCGGUCAUCAAUCCCUUGAUAUGACAGAUGGUUAUGAUCAGAGGAUCCAUUGCAACUGGGUGCCGUGAGCUUUAAAGGCAUAUGCUCUUCCAGCUGAAGAGGACAAAAGCAUCCUGGGCUGCAUUAGGAAGAGCACUGCCAGCAGGCUGAGGAGGUGACCCUUCCCCUCUGCUCUGCAGUCGUGAGGUAUCUGGGCUCUUCAGUACAGAAGAGAGACAGGCUCACUGGAGCGAGUCCAGCAGAGGGACAGGAAAGUGAUUACGGGACUGGAGUAUCCUUCAUAGAAGGGGAGGCUGAGACAGCUGCAACUGCUCAGCCUGAGAAGAAAGCUCAAGGUAGAUUUUAUCCACAUGUAUAAAUACCUGACACAAUGAUGUAGAAAAAGUGGAACCAGACCCUUCUUACUGAUGCUCAGUGACAGGACAAGAGAAAAUCAGUACAAACCGAAAUACAAGAAAAUUCUGUCUAAAUGCAAGAAAAUGCUUUUUUUUACUGUGAACGUGGUCAAAUACUGGAAUAGAUUGCUCAGAGAGGUUGUAAAUUGUCCAUUGAGAAAUCAAAACCAAACAAGACAUAGUCCUGAGCAACUAGUCCAGCUGACCCCC